AUGGCUGCCGUUAUCACUGCAGAUACGCAGUGUGAGGUGGGAGCAUAUGGCGGUGCUGACGCUCCCUGCGAUAUUGCAUCGACUGACCGCAGCCAUGACGGAACGACAGGAAGUCUGUUUGCCGGUGCCAUGUAUACUCCCCGGAAGCUCGUAGUUAUCCUGACCUCGUUUGUCGUGAUACUUACAGCAGUCGUCUAUCACAGCAAGCCCCACAUGUUUUCCACCAUCCUGGACGACGACAUGUCCACGAAAUGCGCCAUUGUAGUGGGCUCUGGCCUCGCCGGCCUGAGCGCUGCAUCGCAGUUGGUGAAGCGCAACGUUCCAGUACGCGUUUUGGAACAAGCCGCAAAGCCAGGAGGCAACAGUAUCAAAGCAUCGUCCGGCAUCAACGGCGCACCAACACGAUUUCAGCCAGCGUUAGAGCCUGAAGAUGCUUUCUACGCUGACACCGUAUCUUCAGCUGGCAAGCGGAUGUUUUCUCAUACUACUGAGAGGGAGAAUCUCAUCAAAACUCUGACCGAAGGAUCUGCGGGUGCGGUGCAUUGGCUAGUUGAAGAGAAGGGAGUCGAUCUGAGCAAAGUCGCGCGACUCGGUGGUCAUUCCUACGCCAGAACACACAGAGGACCCGGACCGCCACCAGGAUUUGCAAUCAUCAGCGCGCUGCUGAAGAGCUUGAAAGAGUCUCCCCUCUUUCACCUGCAGACCUCAUGCACUGUGACGAAAGUGCUGCAGGAGCGGAAACGCGUCAUAGGCGUAGAGUACAUCGACUCCAACGGAAACUACGAGGAACUACACGGCCCUGUCAUCUUCGCCUCAGGCGGCUUCGGCGGCGAUGCGAAAGGCCUCCUCGCCCAAUACCGUCCCGACCUCGCAGGCUUCCCGUCCACAAACGACCCGCGUCCAGGCACCCAGCCGCUCCUCGCGGCAGCUGGAGCCCAGCUAGUCGACAUGGACUCCGUGCAAGUCCAUCCCACCGGCUUCGUCGAUCCCGCGGACCCAGAAUCACCGCUCAAGUUCCUUGCUGCUGAACUCCUCAGAGGUGAGGGCGGCAUCUUGCUGCUGAACGGUGCGCGGUUCGUGAACGAACUGGACACGCGCGAGCACGUUGCGAACGCAAUCACCUCCACGCCUGCACCAUCUGAGACCGCACGCCAGUGGGCCGUUCAGCUCGUGCUCGACGAAGCGACGUACAGCGCCGCGAAGUCCCACGUCGACUUCUACAUCUUCAAGAACCUCAUGCGGAAAACCACCGUCGCGGACCUCGGCGCUGACGCACUCAAAACCAUCGAAACAUACGCCGCCACCGUGUCCCACGCCACCGCUGACCCGUUCGGCCGCACCGCGUUCGGCGCUUGGGCGCUGAAGGAUCCCACGCCCGAGUCGGUUGUGUAUGUGGGCCAGGUGACGCCGAUCGUGCACUACACGAUGGGCGGGGUGCUGAUCAACGCGCAGAGCGAAGUGGUGACGGAGCACGGCGCGCCAAUCGCAGGGCUGUGGGGCGCGGGCGAGAUCACGGGCGGGAUACACGGCGGAAACAGGCUGGGGGGCUCGUCGCUGCUGGAGUGUGUUGUGUUUGGGCGGAUUGCGGGGGAUGGGGAUUGCCCACCUGGAAAGGAAAGCGCGCCUGCUGCAGGUGAGCCAAUGGAAACCAAACACAUCAUGGACGACAAAACAACACAGAACACUGUCCUUACACCGGAGCAACAACACCAGAAAGAGCUCGAUGACUUCGACUACAUGCCCCCACUAGUCCCACGACCUAUUGAACCUCCUCCGAUAAUCCAGGAGGCCAUGGACCAGUGCAAGUUGUUACUUAUCGCUGAAAAGGACACACGCAACACUAUAGAAAGGCUUUCGUCAGAAUUAGAGCAGGCAGUGAGCGUGGUAGAUACACUGAGGACAGAGAAGUCAACCAUGACUUCUCAGCACGAGGGCGCCUUAAAAGAGCAAGCUGGACUUAUACGCUCUCUUCGAGAGAUGAUCGAUAGCCUAACCGAGGCCAACGACGAGCUCUAUCAAGUUAACACCACCCAAUCUGCAGAGAUUGUCAAGCUCCGAGGACAAAUCACCGCGCUAGAGGCCAGCAAUUGUCGUGGCGAACACCAGCGUCAUGCUGUCACCGAGUCAGACCUUUCUGGACUCGGAGGACAAGUUGGGCCACUUCAGAUCGACCAUUUAGCAGAACAACGUGGAGAGAAUGCAGAUUUCGGCGCCCGGCCGAAUAUCAACAUCCCUGGCAGUCAACGCGUCCAUGCGAGAAACGAGCUCGAGGACAUUGGCCAGCCACCGGAAAGUAGUCAGGAAGGACAACUUUAA